CGGCGACAAAAUUAAAAGAAAAUCUGAUCCUUAUCACGGACUUUUGCAGAGAAAAAACGAUUAAUGGAUCCAAAACCAAAACCCAUGAUGUUCUUGACUGUACUUUGCUUGAUAACAAUCUCUUCCAUUGUUGUCACCGUCGAAGCUGAAUAUGUUCGACCUCUUCCACGGAAGACACUUCACUUCCCAUGGUCAAGAAAAGCUUCUUCUUAUCCUCAGCAGGUGCACAUCUCUCUGGCCGGAGACAACCACAUGCGAAUCACGUGGACCACUGAUGACAAAUUCGCUCCGUCGGUUGUUGAAUACGGGACAUCACCUGGCAGAUACCUCUCUGUAAAUCAAGGGGAAAGUACCUCUUAUGAUUACCUGUUCUACAGUUCAGGAAAGAUACACCAUACUGUCAUUGGACCUUUGGAACCUAACACCGUUUACUUUUACCGAUGUGGAGGACAAGGCCCCGGGUUUCAGUUCAAGACCCCGCCAGCUCAGUUCCCGAUAACCUUUGCCGUGGCGGGGGAUCUGGGACAAACUGGCUGGACGAAGUCGACACUAGACCACAUUGAUCUGUGCAAGUAUGAUUUGCAUUUACUUCCCGGGGACCUCUCAUAUGCUGACUAUGUGCAGGGCAAGUGGGACACUUUCGGGGAGCUGGUGCAGCCUCUUGCAAGUGCAAGGCCAUGGAUGGUAACACAAGGGAAUCAUGAAAAGGAAUACAUUCCAUUAAUUAAAGAUGGUUUUCAAUCAUACAACGCUAGGUGGAAGAUGCCGUAUGAGGAGAGUGGCUCGAGUUCAAAUCUUUACUACUCAUUUGAAGUUGCCAGAAUUCAUGUUAUCAUGCUUGGUUCAUACACUGAUUAUGAUAAAUACUCUGAUCAAUACACGUGGUUGAAGGCUGAUCUACUGAAGGUGGACAGGAAAAAGACGCCGUGGCUUGUUGUGCUAUUCCACGUGCCAUGGUACAACAGUAACAGGGCUCACCAUGGUGAGGGAGAUCAUAUGAUGGCAACAAUGGAGCCUUUACUUCAUGCUGCCAGUGUGGAUAUAAUGCUUGCGGGCCAUGUUCAUGCUUAUGAGCGCACGAAACGAGUCAACAAUGGAAUAUCAGAUCCUUGUGGUGCUGUUCACAUAACCAUUGGUGAUGGGGGAAACAGAGAAGGGUUAGCUCACAACUACCUAAACCCACAACCCGAGUGGUCUGAGUUCCGCGAAGCGAGUUUCGGCCAUGGUGAGCUGAGGAUGGUGAAUUCAACUCAUGCCUUUUGGAGCUGGCACAGGAAUGAUGAUGAUGAGCCGGUAAGGUCUGAUCAAGUUUGGAUAACCUCAUUGGCUAGUUCAGGAUGUGUUGCUGAGAAGAGACAUGAACUGAGGAAGAUUCUUUUGGCACCAUAAAACUAACAAGGUUGACUCGGUUGAACUACAUGAAGAUUGAAGUUUGUCUUGUUAAGGAUUCUAUGUAAAUAUGGCAAUAUGGCUAUAAGAAUGUUUUAUAGCUGCUUAAAAUUUCAGAAUACCAUUGUCCUCUAAUUUGCUUGGAAGGACAAUGAAUGAAUUAAGCUCCAUAUAAAAACUAGCCAAGAGAGUUAAGUAGAUUGAUUAAGAAUUAAAUCAACUUUGUCACUGUCUCUCUUUGUACGUUAUCUGCAACUCAUUUGUAUAUGAAGCAUAUGUAUUGUUCUGUUAUUGAGUUAA